AUGAAUAUAUUGAUCAAUUCUGCUUUCAGAUUCUCCACUCGUCCUCUCAUCAAACGUCCUUGUAACCUCCAUUUCUCUGCACCUACUGCUCGUUACAUGAUGAAUUCUGAAACCUCGGCAUAUCAAAGUUCUUUUGGACCUGGAGGCAAUUCAGGUGAUUCUCCAAAGCAAAUAGGUCAAUUGCAAAAUCUCAAGUUAAAUGAUGGGACUGAGAUCCCGAUGCUUGGAUAUGGCCUUGGAACUGCGCAUUACAAAGCCAACCCAGAUGGUCAGGUCGAUAAUGGGAUUGUGAAAACGGCUGUAAUGGCAAUCCAUGCCGGCUAUUAUCAUUUAGAUGGAGCUCAAAUGUAUGGAAAUGAAACCGAGAUGGGUAUGGCAAUCAAAGAAUCCGCUGUUCCUCGAGAGAAAUUCUUCAUAACUACCAAAGUUACCGGUACCGAAGUAGUUGACACGCAAGCUACAUUUGAAGAAUCCUUAAAGAAGCUCCAACUCGACUAUGUCGAUCUCUACUUGAUUCACGCUCCAUUCUUUGCCAAGACUCCUCAAGAUUUACAAAGAAAAUGGGCAGAGAUGGAAGCAAUUCAUGCAUCCGGAAAAGCAAAAUCUAUUGGAGUGUCCAACUUCUUACAAAAGGACAUUGAAACUAUUUUGGAGACGGCGAAAAUUAUCCCUUCCAUCAACCAGAUUGAAUACCACCCUUAUCUUCAACAUGGCUCUCUGAUUCCUUUCCUUCGCGAAAAGGAUAUAGCAAUAGCAGCCUACUCUCCCUUGACCGCUGCCGUCAAGGCUUCUCCUGGACCUUUGGACGAUACCUAUUCUGCUCUGGCUAAGAAGUAUGGAGUCACACCCGGUGAAAUUGCAUUGAGAUGGGUUAUUGAUCAGGGAAUCGUGGCAUUGACUACUAGUGGUGAUGAGGACCGAUUGAAGGGAUUUCAUAAGAUCAAACAAUUUAAACUGACACCGAAGGAGGUCGAGGAGAUUGCCAAGAUCGGUAACGAGAAACAUUAUAGAGCUUUUUGGAAGGAUAAGUUUGCGCCGGAUGAUAGGUCAUAGAUGGAUUUACCGAUGGAAAGAUUGAGGAAGAUUUGGCAACCACAUUUGAUCAGUGAACUUGUUUGCGAGAUUCAAUUUAUUCGUGCUUAUGCUGGCAGCUCAGCUCAUAGUUGUCUUAUCAUGUCAAAAAUACCAAUACCAGAAUUUCAAAGU